AUGACGCUGAAGUUGACGAUUGCGAAGAACGUCUUUAUCUCGAAGGCGCCCCAAAGGGCUUCGAUUAACUUGCCGCAUAGCCCGACGGUCACCACGUCCGUCCACAUCUCCCAGAAGUGUAUCUUGAGGAAGCAGAAGGUGAAGCCCAGAACUAGAAGAUCGGUGGUAGCUUGGCGUGACGUUCAAUAUAAUAUCGAAUACAUUCUGGACAAGCCUGAAAAAUCGGAGUAUCAUAAAGCUGAAUACAGAGUCAUUAGACUACCAAAUGGUUUAACAGCUUUGUUAAUAUCUGAUCUGGAAGAAGCGAAUAAUACGAAUUAUAAAGACUAUGGAGCAAGUUGUUCUUCAGUUAAACAAGUUAAAAAAGACGUAAAGAAGGCUUCUUGUGGUUUAUGUGUGAGAGUAGGCAGUUUUAAUGAUCCACCGGAAGUUCCAGGACUGGCACAUUUCCUUCAACGCAUGAUUUUUAUAGAAUCCGAAAAAUAUCCAAAUGAAAACGAUUUUAAAGGAUUUAUCAGUCUUCAUGGUGGCACUACUUACGGUGUAACAGAUUGCGAGUAUACAAGAUUUUACUUUGAUAUCUCAGAGACACAUUUGUUAUCAGCUCUCGUUCCUUUUAGUAUAUCUUUCGAUGGAUUUUGGAUAAAGAAAGAUGCCAUCACGCGAGAGCGAAAGAUCGUACAAAAAGAGUUUCAGUUAAAUUCAUCUAGUAACAAACAUAGAAUGGAACGAUUAUUGUCUUUUAUUGCUCGAAAUGGUCAUCCAUCCAGUAAGUUUCUUCGAGGAAAUUCGAUACCUUUAAACAAUGAUAUAAAUGAUGACAAGUUGUACGAAGAGGUGUACAAAUUCAAAAAACACCAUUAUAGCGCUCACAGAAUGACGCUAGCUAUACAGGCGAGAUUAUCGUUAGAUACAUUGGAACAGUAUGUCCAAUUAUGCUUUAAUUCUUUAUCAAGUAAUUGGCUGCCUUCCGAUGACUUUACCGAAUUUAAAGACGGCGAUUUAUUUGAAACUGACGCAUCUCAAAAAACGUUUAAAUGGAUUAAACCCAUUAAUCAUAUCAGCCAAUUGCAUGUAAUAUGGGUUUUGCCUUCACUACUAAAUUUUUACAAAAGUAAACCAAGUAAAUAUAUUUCAUGGAUUAUUGAACAUAAAGGAAAUGGUUCUUUAACUAGUUAUCUACGUAAAAAAAUGUGGGGCCUUGAUGUGUUUUGUGGUAACUGUGAUAACAAUAAUGAUUUCGGAUACAACUCUAUGUACGUUUUAUUUGAGAUUAUAGUAGAACUCACCGAAGAGGGACUAAAAUAUCCGAGAAAGGUUCUAAAUGCAAUAUUUUCUUUUAUGAAUUUAAUAAGAAGAAUGGGUCCACAAAAGAGUAUUUAUAAUGAGCUUUAUAAAAUAGGAAAUAAUAAUUUUAGAUUUUUUAGUAAGCAUAAUGAUGUGUUUGAUUUAUGUAAGGGAAUGCAUUUCUAUCAGCCGUGUGAUUAUCUAACUGGAAAGCAUAUUUAUUUUGAGUAUAACCCAGAAGCUAUACAAAAAUGUUUGAAUCUUUUGAUGCCAGAGACGGCGAAGAUCAUGAUUUUCAACAAUAGAUUUAAAAAAAAUAUAGUCGAACCGCAUAUUAAAAUUAUUUAUAAAGAUAUGGAGCUACCAGAUGAAUGGCUCAAUCACUGGAAAUCUAUCGAACCAUUGUCUAGUUUUCAUUUACCAUCACGCAAUAAAUUUCUUACCAAUAAUUUCUCUUUUAUACCGAUAUCAGCAAAAGCUUCGAAAUAUCCUGUAAAAAUAAACAACGAUUCUGUAUCGGAAAUUUGGUUUUGUCCGAAGUUUAAUUGGCCGGUGUGCCAUAUAAAUCUUCAUAUUGUCUCCAUUUCUCAUCUGCAAUUUCGAAAAUCAAAAAAUGCUGCUCUUUUACAAAUGUACUGCAAUGUAAUAAAAUAUCUAUUGCUCGAUAAGUUAUAUCCGGCUAUAACGGCUGGAUUUAGUUAUGAGAUCGAUGUUAAUGAAGAAGAUACAGGUAUUAUAAUACAAAUAAGCGGUUUCAACGAAAAUCUGUCAUUCUGGUUAAUGAUUAUUGCAAACUGUAUAGUAAAUUUAGUCCCUAAUUCGAGGGACUUGUUUUAUACUAUUAAACGGCAACAACUCAAGGCAUACUACAACAGAUUUAUAGAACCGGAGAAGUUCAGCGAGAAUAUUGAAUUAUGGAUACUAAAGUACCACAACUGUUCACACAUUCACAAAUAUAAUGCUCUACAUCGAU